AAACAAACUAACAUCAACAAUUAUCGUGUGUUAGAAUCGCCAGGGUUGCAUAGCCAUUUUCUCCAAAACCAGCGCUUCGAUCCUGAGUACCUCGAUAAACGAACAAAACGUGAUCUAAAACAGCUAUCGCCACCAGCGUUUCCGGUUGAAAAUAGCACCGAAAAAGACGAACACAUCCCCACCGCUGAAAAACUGACCAUGACAAAUCAAGAGAGCUAUCCUGCCGUGCAAACCGAGUGGACAAAGACAUCAUCUAGGCCAGAAUUUCAAGCUAAUGUGAUUCGAGAAGAGGAGGAUUCAAAUGCAGAAGCGUCAGUAAUAGUGAACGAAAAUACGAAGUCACGUGCGCCGAGAGUAAAUUUCAUAACGCAACAAACCAAAAGCCCGGAUCAUUCUGAAAUCCGCACUGGAAAAGAAAAAAUUAUAUACGAGCUCUAUAGAAAGCCACUAGCCAGGCUUUACUACGAGCGGCCAAUUCCAAAAGCAUAUGACUCGUUUAUGGCUCCCUCGCAGCCUCCAGUGUAUCCGUCCCGGUCGUUCAACAAAUACGAACCAUUGCAUCCCGAAAUGUUUGACCGUAUGUACCCACCUGCUCCACAUCAUUAUGAUCACUACUAUGAACGACGAUAUGAUUCUGAUUCUUAUGAUUCCUACUUUCCUCGAUACAAAUAUCCUUACUACUACUAUUUUCCGGACAACCGCUAUGAUAUUCCGAUGCCACAUAGGGAUCGCAAUUACAUAUACACGAAUCAUCUACUGAACGGAUUCUCAGAAACUAAUCGUCCAAUUAGUCUGCGUAACCGACGAAUCAUUUACUAUGCAACAUUACCCGAAAUAGUGCGUACACCGCCGAACGUAGAGUUGCGUUAUCGAGUGCAAGGCUAUCAUAACAAAUACGAUCCAAUUCAAAUGGCCUCUCCAACUGCAACAUUCGGUGCUUAUAAGGAAAUAGAUGCUGGGGUUGCUAAUAGCGUGAACAACAAUAAGUACGUUAGUUCAAAACCGAUAAAAAUUAUUAGAGAGUUGGAGGCCGAACGAGAUCACCAACACAUGACCAUCUCACGCGGCCAAUCGUGUGGAGCACGCAACUAUGCUGUGCACUGGGGGUAA